AGUAGUUUUAUUUUUCGAUGUUUGCAAAUGUUGUAUAUUUCCUUUAAAUUUCAUCAGUAUGAAUGCUCACAUUCUCGAAACCGAAUCCAAUCGGCCCGGGGUACCACCAACACGACCUUUGUAGUAAUAAAAACCGAACAGUGACCAUAGACACUGUGCUUUCGUUUUUGAUGCAUAAAGAUAUCGUCCAAAGUCUACGCGUAAUUAAUCAGAAUGAACCAUACAAUGACACAACAGUAACUUAGACAACAGGGCAUAGUACACAACAGGUUGUCCAUCCUUGUUGAGCCCAACUGAAGCAUCGUCCCAACUAUAGUUGCGAUCGAGUUGGACGUUACCCAACUAUAGUUGGUAAUUUCCCCAACUAUAGUUGGGCCUGUAGUUGGGUCUGUCCCAACUAUACUUGGGCCAUUGCUAUGGUUGGGAGUGACAUCCUUCUGAAGACUCUGCAACAAGUGUAAUUCCGCAAUGCCUCGACGUUUGGUUGGAAAUGAAAACAAAACUACACGCAGGACCCGGAGAGAAAAUAAGUAUAUUUCCUGGUCCCGGCUAUUUUAUGUGUAAUAGCGGGUGUGAAGUGCCUUCACCUUCGGGUGGAACUUCCAUGCUGUAUGGCCUAUACUGAGAAAACUUGAGAGUGUACGGUACGUGUCGAGCAGCACGGAGCAUGCUGUAGGCCUACCCACGGAGCUCUGCAAACUCUUGAACUCGCACCACUUCUGCUUGUCACAUCAUAAGUGUACGAAUCAAGUUUGAAGUUGGAUCGGAAGGGCACUGCCAGAGGCUUGCCUGUGUCUACGGACUACUGAGGUUAAUUGGGUGAACAUUUCUUCGCUUGAAUGGUGUUCUCGUUCCUGACCCCAAGAGCGAGCAAAAGGUAUAAGUUUACGGUAUAAGUUAACUCAGGACUUGGCAACAGAAUGUACGAGCAUGGAGCAAGUUGGAUAAGGUGAACUUGAAUUUGGCAUUGAACAGAACGCACGACUUAAACCCUGUGGGUAUUUUGGCGGGAGAUUGCGACUAGUUUCAAUCUUUCUUCAGAAGAAGGAGAAUUCAUCAACCAUGGUUGACGACUACGAGCGAGUGCUCAUCAUCGACUUGAUUUUCUUGGCCUGUUUCUCCAUCAUCGGACUCGUGGUGAUUUUCAUUCUGAAACGGUACUGUAAGCCUUUUUGUUGCCUGUGCAUCAGAAAGCGUGACCCGGACGAAGGGAGUGUUUCACCCGAUGGCGAGUGCGCCAGAGACGUCGACGAGACAUCGAUGAUCAACAUUGAAACUGGUAAAAAUGUCGGUCAGACAACAGAGGGCGUUUUACUCACGAACGAUGUGAAAAGAGGCGACGAUGGAACCACACAUUUGCAGAUAGCAUGGACGUAGCAUGCAUCGAUAGUCCCUUUUUGAGCGGACAAUAGGCACAACAGGAGCCCCAUACAAUAGACCCUCCUUGACACCAAGGGUACCGUGUUGUCGCACAGGCUCUCCGGUAUGAAAAGCCACACUUUGGGAAGCUCACCAAACUGAGAAUUAAAGAACACAGACCCCUCUGACUCAUGCAAAUAUCGGGGAGGGGUUGUAUUGUACUUUUGUGACAUUUGCAUUUCAAGUAUUAGAAACGCUGUUUUCGACAUAUCUUACUUUCACUUCGCCGCAUAUUUUCAGAGGCCCAUUUCCAUUCUUACUUUUGAUUGAGGAGGAUUGGACAAACAUUAAACACUGAACAUUUCAUGAAAUGCUAAGUGCAGUAUGGUACGCCGCAUGGUUGCGGACGAAAUUUGCAUAUGAAAGUGUCCCUUUUUUGAGUGCUUAAGUCUGGAUUAGCCUUGAUUCGAGUGCUGGUCUUGUUUACAUAAGCGUCUGGUUCUGCAGCCAUGAAAUCGAGGUCGGCCGUGACAUAAGUGGAACGCCUAAAAGAGCGCCCUCAACGAAUUUGUCACAAGGUCUAGACUUGGUAUCAAGCCAUCAAUGAUAAAGUUUAGGGAAUGAAGUCUGACUUCGGUGUUGUAUUGCAUGAUUGGGAGGGAUGUCCAUGGACAAGUAACGUCGCGAUGCCAGACUUGAAAUAAGUCUCGAAAUUGAAUUUUCUUCUUGAAUUGGGUCAAAGAGUAACAAAGGAGUCCACAUGAAAUAAGUCUCGAAAUUGUCUUUUGAUAUAGUUGGCAAAGUGGACCAAAAACUCUCACUUCUGUACCGUUAAUUGGUCCCUGAAUCCCUGGCUGGUCUUAAUUUUAAGGGUCGAUUAUAAGAAUAGCCGAUUUAUUGUUUGGACAGAGCCGAAACGAAAUCUGGAGUACCAAAAGAGACAUGUUAUUUUAAAGCCGUGAGAUUUUUGGAAUCUAUUGUGUCGCGAUGUCUGCUCGCCGCCAUUACCUGGUUCACUGAGGUGUAAACAGAUUCAAUUGCAUUGUCAGGGUUGAAUACGUUCCUUUGUUGUGCAAGGAAGUUGAAUUAAUUUUGACAAUAACUAUCUUGAAACUGGUUCCCUCAUGAAAAAACGUGUGAAAGGUCUGUGAAUUGGUUGCUGGUUCUGCAUGACAUGUACUUUAUCAGUGAUUGCUGUUCAAUGUGAAGUUUAGAUAGGUGGUAUGCAUAGGCCUAUUGAACUUUCAACGAAACACUGAGUAGAGAGCAAAAAUGGCGGGAAAAGUUUCAGUCCUUAUCGUCUGCUACUUUCUGCUUUCCACUGAGGACCUUCUGACUGUUGCUCAAGUACAAACCAUCGAUCAGUUUUCACACGCCGUUGGGAUUCGUGGGCAGGGCGUUCAGCUCUUUUGCCGCGUGACAAACCAGGGCAUGUACGGUGUUUACUGGGUCGCGGAGAGAGUUGAAGACGAAUUGGUGUUGGGCUUGGGGACAUCGGAUUACGUCAAACAGCUGAGAUUUGAACUUGAUGUUGACAUCUCCCUCGGGUUUUAUAAUCUCACUAUUAGUGACUUGGUGCCAUCUGAUGCUGGUAGAUACGAAUGUUUGAUGUCGAAUGGAGUGCGCACUGUGAACGGGCUGCCUGGGAUGUUGGAGGUUGUGGAGGCUGUUGCGCCUCCGGAGGGGCCGUCUUGUCUCGCGGGAUACUGCGAGCCUUUGUCGGAAGGAGAUGAAAUUCGGCUGAGCUGCGUAAGUGGAAGCGGUGGGAGACCGGAAUCCCAGCUCGCGUGGUACAGACAUGAUGACAAAAUCAGUGCCGGCGCGGGGCCGAAUUUUACCGCGAUUUUACGGGCUGCACCGGCGGACGACGGCGCCGUUUUUGCCUGCCAGGAGAACCAUCUAGCGCUGGAAGGAACACGGUCGUGCACUGUAGGCCCUCUUGUGGUACUCCACGCGCCUGUGGUGACAAUUUUACCCUCCAACCCUCAAGCCAGUCUUGGCGACUCUGUAACUCUCACGUGCUCAGGUGAUGCCAACCCACCGGUUGAAAAUGUGCAGUGGAUAGUCGGGAACGAAACUGUAACCCCUAUGGCUAAUUCCUCCUCAAACUCGUUCGAAUCAAGGUUCACCAUUGAUGACGAGGAGGACCUGACUGGACACCUACAGUCACGUCUUAUCAUCUCAGACGUCGGGGAACUAGACUACGGUCUCCAGAUAACCUGCAUAGCCCAGAGUCCCAAUUCCUCCAGAAAUGCCUCAGUGACCAUCCGACCACCAGAUCCGAACCCACCCCUCAAUCCAGACGGAGGAACUGAUGGCAUAGCGGGUGACCCUCUACUUCUCCUCGCUGUCGUCGGUUCAGCACUCGGCGGGCUGAUCGUCUUCGGCAUCCUCUGCCUGCUUGCCCCGCAUCUGGGCUGUCUCGUGUGCGAAUCCUGCCGCCGGAGACGCCGGGAGAACCAACGCAAGGCGCAGCUGGAACUCGACCGCAAACGGAGCCGGAAGGCCCGGAAACUCGAGCUUUCGACACGGCGCAAGGCAGGGUCGACCGCGUACUACGCCAACACCGCGUUUGAUAACUACGAGAUACCGCGGAAGACCAAUUCGAGGAGAGAGAAGGCGGGGAAGCCGCAGUCCAUUUCGUCAAAGAGUACGGCAAGCUGCUCCAAGCUCAGCAAUUGCGUGGUCGAAAUUGACAACACCAUCACCAGUAACUGAACGAUACUCUAAACUCAAUUUGUUAAAUUUUUGAUGAUUCAGAAUGGUACGAAACAAAUAAAGAACGCAAAAAUCUGAUUGCUCAAAUACUUAAAAGAAUGAUGUAGUUUUUUUCGUAAUUUCUAAAAAUUCACGCAAUUUCCUUUAGUCUUCUAUCCAAAAUUGUAAGCUAGAAUGUAAUUGACCAUAUUGUUAACAAUGAUGAUAUUUUCAACAAAGUUCCAAUAAAUACUCACGUCUUUGCAUCGUGAUUUUUAGUGAUUUUACUUUAGUACUUCCAAUUAACUUUGUCGUUUAUUCGCUUAUUAAACAAAAUUUGAAACAAUUGAUAAUCUUGUAUGAAACGCAAUAAAUGUUUAGAUUUUAAAGAUUUGUUCUUAUGAUUGAGGUGCUGCCGCCUCACAUGGGGGAAUGUGGCCUACACCUUUUCCCGAUUCAUCGGUUUAGAUAUUUGCCUAAAAAGUUAUUAGGUGUUCCUUCUUUACCUUAAAGCACAGGUACCACUGAGAUCUCAUUUUCAUGUCGUGCACUAGAAACCAUCGUGUCAUUAAAGCAGUGGCGUA